CUGGGGUUGCGGCGAGAUGUGGACAGAGGACUGCUUCGAUAAGAGCUGUAGGGAGGGGAAGAUAGAGUUGACUCCAGUGGUUUGUCUAGAGUCUUCAAUGCCUAAAUGCCCCAGAGACCAGGCCACACAAGUCUGGGAUGGAUGCUGUGAAACAUGGAAGUGUGACUGUCGCUGUGAGCUGUAUGGGGAUCCCCACUACAUCUCUUUCCAAGGAGUAACCUUUGAUUUCCUGGACGAAUGCACCUACCUUCUUGUUGAGGAGCAGUCAAUACAUUAUAAUCUGACCAUUGCUGUGGACAACUUUGCCUGUGUGGAAGGCCUCCCGGGCUCGUGUGCUAGAGGCAUCAUCCUGAAAUAUCAGAACAGUACAGCUACACUCAGUAUCCUUCAAGAUAUGUUUCAAGUACAGGCCACUCUGAACAACGUGACCAUACAGCCACCAUAUGAGGAGCCUGGGUGGAGGUUUGAGACCACCGGAUAUGUAGUGUCAAUCUUCCUCCCAGACCUGCGCUCUUAUGUCUCCCUCAGUCCGUCUUACACCCUGGUGGUCAGUCUGGCCAUGGAGCAUUUCCUCAACAAUACCCAGGGACAAUGUGGAGUGUGUGGUGUUGGAUCAUGUGUCCGUAAAGGAGGGCAGAUCGAGGAUGACAGCUGCUGUAGUAAGACGGCCAAUGACUGGGUGUACCACGACCCCCUCAAGCCCGCCUGUGCUUCUGCCCCCAGAGACGUACCUUGUAUCUCACCCAGUACAGUACCCACAAUCCCACCCCCUACCCCCUGCCCUGCUAGCCCACUAUGUGAGCUGCUACAACACCCAGUCUUUUCAAAUUGCACACAUGUGGAUCUGGUCCUUAAAAUGAAGAACUGCAAGUUUGAUUCAUGCAGGAGUGGUCCGUGCGCUUCACUAGAGCAAGCUGCUGAGGAAUGCGAUGAUAAUGGGUGUAUUGACUGGAGAAGCCUAACCAAUGGGACCUGUGAUGUGCAUUGUGACGCGGGAUUGGUUUACAGAGAAUGUCAAAAGAAGCCGGAUGGAUUCUGCCAUGGAGGAGUACGUUAUCAAGGUGACACCACUGAGAACUACAUUGGAGGCUGUUUUUGUCCCAUUGGCCAAUCCAGAGCAGGAAAUCAUUCAUCCACCUGUGUGUCCGACUGCCACUAUUGUACAGGACCACUUGGUGAGCCUAAAAUGCCUGGUGAGGAGUGGCUGUCCGGCUGUAGCUGGUGCACAUGUGACAAGCAGACUCUCAAGGAGGAGUGUCACAAUCUUACUUUUUCAGCUCCCCUCUGUAGCAGCACUGCUGUACUGGUAAACAAAACUUGCUGCGGUGAUCAUCAGAUUUGCGUUGAGAAGACAUGCAGUUAUCAGGGGAAAACAUACAAGAUGGGAGACAGGUGGACGGAUGCCUACCAUCCCUGCACGUCAUUUAGUUGCAGCAAGGAUGGAAUUCAGACUGUGACUCAAGUCUGUCCUACAGAAGAGUGUCAGGAGGAGGACAGGAUUUGGGACGACCAGCACUGCUGCUUUACAUGUAACCAGACCUGUGCUCCGAACAUGACCAGCCUUAACCUAACAGUAGACAGCUGUGUUGCCGUCAUAGAGAUGCCUGUGUGUCAGGGCCAAUGUGAUUCUGAGCCCAGGGUGGUGUUACACAAUGACCUGCAGGUGGAGCAGCAGAGCUCCUGCUGUGUGGAGAGACUCUCUGAGAGGAGAUCAGUGACCCUGCAGUGCUCUGACCUCACCACCAGGAGCUACAACUACACGCACAUCACCAGCUGUGAUUGCAGAUACUGUAUUGUAGUACUGUAGUAAAGCAUACUUUUGAGGGGCUCUUCAUUCCUGCUACUUCAUACUUAUAUACCACUAGAAUUCAGAGGCAAAUUCUGUAUGAUUCACUCUAUCCAUUUACUUGAUAACUUUAAUUUAGUUGGAAGAUUCAGAUUUAUAAAACGGAAUAUAAUCAACAAAUAAUGUUUUAUGUUUUAUUUUAUGAUAAACUUUAUUGAACCCUUAAAGGUGGGGUAGGUAAGUGUGAGAA